AUGACAUUGAAAAGAACCUAUUUCUCCGACACGGGAUAUUAUCGAUGCGUUGUACGCCCCGAAAUUCAAGUCGCCCACUACGUUUACUUUUACAGUGAACAGCCACUAGUUUUCACAAAGAAGGAAGAAUUGUUAACCAAAUUACAUCGUCGCGAUUUUGACACAUAUAUGACGUUGGCGGGUGAACCUCUCGACAUUCCGUGCAGACCAACCCACCCAGAUGUCACCAUUUCACUCUAUCGCGAAACGCUAAUGCCAAACAAAAAACUGGAAUGGAACUUGACUGAACUGUCAAGCGAUUAUGGAAACGCCAGUUGGUUGCUGAAACCUUUGCCAGAACGUGGACUGAGGUUAACCAAUAUGACACCAAGUGACAUAGGAAAAUACAAGUGUGUGGGCACCGAGUCGAUAUCCAAAAUCGAAUUCACCUCAAGCGAAUUGAACGCAAAAAAUAUAGGAAUGGAACUCGUUAGGGUUGGUGAUCCAAUCGAAGGCAACAACGUGACACUCAUCUGUAAAACCUUCUGCGAAAGUGAUCGCAAUACGGUGGAAUUUUGGAAAGCCGAUUGGUUUUACUUCAACAAUGAAACUGGCCAAGAACAAUUCAUCAAUCAAACUAACCUUCCUAAAGAAAUUCAAGUGGAAAAUUAUUUCAAGUUGGCAAAGGGAGAAUUCGGUAUUUCAUCAGACGAGCCUAUCGAAGAAAGAUUUCGGUACGGUUUGUACGAAAGUCACUUGCAUCUGCUAAGAAUUGGCCUUAAUACGCCCACGCACUUUCAAUGCAGAGCCAAUUUCAGUGGUGGAAUCACUUUCAAUAAAUCCAUUUCUUUUACAGUUCAAGAAAAAAUCUAUCCAGUGGAUGUUAAAUUGAAAAAAGGAAUAGCUCAAUUUUUGAUUUGCCAUCGAUACGCUAAUGACGUCCACAUCCAAUGGUUCAAGGAUGACGAGGAAUAUAAGGGAUUAAUCUAUACAAGGGCUACUUCAUCAAUUUUACCACUAAACGAAAGUGAUACACACAUCGGACGUUAUUCUUGUCGCUGGAACAACAGCCGAGGAGAACCGAGAUUUCGAAAUUUCAAUUUUCCUGACGAACAAGAAUAUACCAGGAUUAUUUUAAUUCUCGGAUCUGUCACUCUGUUACUUUUAACUGUAACAGCAAUCAUGCAAAACGUGGAAAAGAAAAAAUUGGAAAAAGAAAUUCAAGAAAGAUUAGAUGGAAAUCCUGAUGGAAUCGAUCCAAAUUUGCCAAUCGAAUAUCAAACUGAAUUUCUACCUUACGACAAACGCUGUGAAUUUCCAAAAAAUCGCCUCAGACUCGGAAAACAACUGGGAAAAGGAUGUUUCGGAGACGUUUACAAAGCGGAAGCUGUUGGACUUAAAGGAUCGGAUGAAAAUGUGACAACGGUGGCCGUCAAAAAGGUCCCAUCGACACCCCAAUUUCAAAUGAAAUCACAGACGGCCGCAUUAGACGCUUUAAUUAAAGAAUUGAAAAUUCUAAAUUAUUUGGGAUCGCAUUUAAAUGUCGUCAAUUUACUGGGGGCCUGCACCAAAGACAUCAUCAAAGUAUCGAUUAUUGCCGCUUUGGCAAUUUUGCAAUCCUAUUUGAUUCAAAAACGGAAUGCGUUUGUCACUCAAUUGGAUGAGUUUGGUGACCUUCAACUGUCAAAUGAUUUCGUCGAAACAAACGAGACUCACAGUGAGGACAGUGACUCUAAUGCAAAGCCUGGACCCUCAGAUCAUUCUGUUCCUCAAGUAAAAUGGACAAGAGACGAUUCAAUUUCUUUCGAAACCAUUUGGAAAUCUGAAAAUUCAGAUGCUGGUACCAAUGGACCCAUUUCCACUUGGAACUUAAUCAGCUUUUCUUUACAAAUCGCCAAGGGGAUGGAAUUCAUUGCUAGCAAAAAGGUUCUCCAUGGCGAUUUAGCGGCUCGCAAUGUCCUUUUAGCCAAUCAUGGAAUUGUCAAAAUUGCAGAUUUCGGAAUGGCCAAACAAAUGAAAAAUUACAGUUACGAAAUGAAAGGACAGGAACUACUACCAGUUAAAUGGAUGGCUAUUGAAUCGCUGACGGAUCAAUUAUGUUCCAGUCAAUCCGAUGUCUGGUCUUACGGCAUUGUUCUAUGGGAACUCUUUGCCCUGGGCAAAAUUCCUUACCCUGGUAUGAACGGCCCUAUCCUCGUAAAAAAUAUUCAAGGACUUCGAAUGGAUAAACCAGAUUACGCGCCAAAUUUCUUUGGAGAAAUGAUGAAAAGUUGUUGGAACAAAGAACCAAACGACCGACCAACGUUUCAGCACCUGGCCAACACGAUCGAGAAUUACAUGGAGCCAUUCGUUAGCUCUGGCUACUUGGAUGCAACAUUCAUGGAAAACAAUACCAACUAAGAGUUUGGUGACUCUCUCCUCGGAAUGAUUUGCAAUGAAAUAUCAAGGACACGAAACAAUUUCUAUUUAGCCCCAUCCCUUCAUAGGAGAAAAACGUUUAACGACUGGUGGCGAGAAAGAAACAAAGAAAUGAGCACGUUUGUUAACUAGUGUUUGCACGCACAAAAAAAAAACUAUUCACUUUCUAUUGGGAAAUAAUCUUCAGCAAAACCCAAUAUUGGCGGGAAAAAAAAAACAAUGUGAAAGUUAAGUUCUUUUGGGUUUAAAACCUGUUCAUAUGUUUUAAACCCAAUUUCGUUCCUUAACUACCAAAAUAAACCCUUAAUUAAAAAAGAAAACUAUACCUCAUACAAAUUCUCAGAAUAUGAUGUCCCAUCAUUCCAUUGGUGCGAGACAAAGGGAGCCACAGUUAAGCGACCGCGUGGUUU